AUGACUUCCAUACACAAAUUAUCUUCUGAAGCUCUUCUUCCUGAACUGGAUAUUUUCACCGUACCACCUACACAGAAAUCUAUUGAAAGAAGCUAUGAAACACAGCAACGACCCAUUUCAUCAAUUACAGGUGGAAACUACCUGGAAUUUCAUAUUCCUACAUCGAAGGAUGAGUACAUAUUAAUGCAUGAAACAUACCUAUAUGUUAAGAUGCAGUUAGUUAUGAACAAAAAUGAUAACACAGCCAUGACUGAGGCAGACUGGGUUUGGUUGAAACCUGCUAAUAACUUGUUACAUUCAAUGAUAAAGCAAGUUGAACUUAAGCUUGGAAACAGAGAAGUAACUUCUUCGUCGAAUACGUAUGCUUACAGAGCAUAUUUUGAAAAUCUCUUAGGACAUGGGAAAUCAGCUAAGGAUACACAUUUACAGUGUUGUUUAUGGAAUGAAGAUGCAGCUGAAAGACGAGGUUACUUCUUACCGGCAACUAAUAAUGACAAAAUAGGUGAAUCUAAAGUUGUUGAUUUGUAUAGAAAAUUGCAUGUUGAUCUUACAUUCCAAGGAAAGGCUCUCAUCGGAGGAUGUGAUUUACAGCUUAAGUUGAUCCUGAACACAACCGAUUUCGCUUUCGAGUAUUCGAAUGCAGUUACUUUGAACCAUAAAAUUAUUGAUUCUAGUUUAUUUGUACAUCGUUUGCGAGCCUAUCCAGGUUUGGUUACUGCUCACGCUAAAGCAUUGGCUUUGGCUCCAGCUAAAUAUCCAAUAACAAGAGUAGAAGUUAAACAUAUACCUAUCCCUUCGCAGUCUAUGGAUGCUGUUUUAGACAAUAUUAUAAUUGGACAGCUACCUCGUAGAUUAUUUCUAGCUUGUAAUUCAAAUAAAGCAUUCAAUGGUUCAAGAGAAAAAGAUCCAUUCCGUUUCGAACAUUUCAAUAUUUCUCAAGCAAUUUGUUAUCUCAAUGGUGUUCAGUAUCCGAGCAAUGGUUAUCAACCUGAUUUCGAUAAAGGAAACUAUAUCAGAGAGUAUUCAGGGUUGUUCCAAGCAAUGAAUAUGAACUCAACAGAGUCGACGAUCGAUAUAAAGAGAAAAGAAUUUGCUGACGGUAAAACCAUUUUUGGAUUCAACUUUGCACCUGAUUUGUCUCAUGGUUGUGAUUUAGUAGGACAUGUCAAUCCUAUAAAUCAUGGUACAUUGAGGAUUUAUUUGAAAUUUGCGAAAGCACUUGCUGAAGUUAUUGAUGUUGUAAUAUUUUGUGAAUAUGACAACAUCAUUGAGAUUGAUUACGAACGAAACAUCGCAUCAGAUUACAAAAACACAGUGAAACAUGUAUAA